CUUUAACCUUUUUACCAUUGUUUUGUUCAUUCACAACACAAUUGUAUAAACCGCAAUCAUGUCGGUACCAACGGAAAGCGUAGCUAAGCUACUCGAUGAGGUCACUGGAGAGGUGGUCUCCAAGACCGAAUUGAAGAAGAGACAAAAGCAGAGACAAAAGGAAGAAGAAAAGGCAAAGAAAGCUGCUGCUCUUCCAGCAAGACCAGCCGCGGUCAAAAAGAGUAACGCUGAAGCCGAGGAAAAGGAUCUGGAUCCAAGACAAUACUUCGAGAUCCGUUCGCGACAAAUCAAGAAGAUGCAAGCAGCAUACAACAAGCAAGAAGCCAACUCCCCCGACCCAUAUGUACACAAAUUCCAGCAGAACUAUAACUUGCAGAACUUCGCCAAGGAUUUCGGUCAUUUGAAGUCAGGAGAACACAAGAAAGACGUGGAGAUCCGCCUCGGAGCUAGAAUCUACAACAAGCGUGCUUCGGGAAAUAAGCUUGUCUUCUACGAUGUCAAGUCUGAGGAUACCAAGAUUCAAGUUAUGUGCCAACUUCAGGAGUCUAGAGAAGGAGCCCCAGCGUUUGAAAGCCAGCAUGAACCUUUACGUCGUGGAGAUGUUAUUGGUAUUGUUGGAUACCCAGGACGAACUGCACCAAAGAACAAGAUUGAGAAGGGAGAAGAGGGAGAACUUUCGAUCUUUGCGACAGAGAUUAUUUUGCUCACCCCUUGUGUACAACAACUUCCAGACGAGUACUACGGAUUCAAAGAUCACGAAAAGAGACAUCGCCAGAGGUAUCUUGAUUUGAUCAUGAAUGACACUAGCCGAAAGGUUCUUAUGACUCGUUCCGACAUAACUGCAUAUAUUCGCAAUUACUUCAACUCGAGAGAUUUCAAGGAAGUGGAGACUCCAAUGAUGAAUUCAAUUGCUGGAGGUGCCACAGCUAAGCCAUUUAAGACUCACCACAAUGACCUUAACAUGGAUAUGUUCAUGCGUAUUGCUCCAGAACUUUACCUUAAGAUGCUUGUCGUUGGUGGUAUGAACCGUGUUUACGAGAUGGGUCGUCAAUUCCGUAACGAAGGUAUCGAUCUUACACACAAUCCCGAAUUCACAACCUGUGAGUUCUAUAUGGCAUAUGCCGAUGUUUAUGAUACCAUGGAUAUGACCGAAGAGUUGGUUUCUGGUCUUGUUAAGCACAUUACUGGAGGCACAACUACCAAGUUCCACACUCAACACGGAGAAGAGUAUGAAGUCAACUGGGCUGCCCCUUGGAAGCGUAUUGAGAUGAUUCCAGCUCUCGAGGAAGCAACCGGAGAGAAGUUCCCACCUGCGGAUGAGUUGCACACCGACGAAUCUAAUGAGUUUUUCAAGAGAGUUCUCAAGAAGAUGAAGGUUGAAUGCUCGCCUCCUCUCACAAAUGCCCGUAUGCUUGAUAAACUUGUUGGUGAAUUCAUCGAAGAAACCUGCAUUAACCCAACUUUCAUCACUGAGCACCCAAAGAUGAUGUCACCACUUGCUAAGCACCACCGUAGCAAGCCUGGUUUGUGUGAACGUUUUGAGGCAUUUGUUUGCAAGAAGGAGAUUGUCAACGCGUAUACUGAGUUGAAUGAUCCAUUUGAGCAACGUCUCAGAUUCGAAGAGCAAGCUAGACAAAAGGAUCAAGGUGACGAUGAAGCUCAAUUGAUCGAUGAGAACUUCGUCAGAGCACUAGAGUUUGGUUUACCACCAACAGCUGGUUGGGGUAUGGGAAUUGAUCGUUUGGUCAUGUUCUUAACCGAUAACUACAGUAUUAAGGAGGUUUUGACCUUCCCAUUCAUGAAGGAGGAAGUAAAUGUCCAUACUGUUGUGGAGGAAGCAGGUGCCGACAGAAUUCCUGUGGAAGGAAUUACACAUAAGUAAAUCAAUGUCUCAUAUAAGUAUGAACAUAGCCUUGGUACGAUUUGUUUUAGAUAUCAGAGUUUACAACAGAAAUGAAAAACACAAUAAAUCUCAUUACAAUA